ACUAAACAAAGCCGGACGACCUGUUGUAGUGAGUUGUUCUGGAGAGUCGAAGAAUUCAUCCUGCUUAGUGGCUGCUGGGAGGGAUCAGUUUUGCCCUGCCACAUCAAAAUCCAAUUCUGUAUCCAUCACAAUAAAACCUGAAGGCAGCGUUUCAAUUUGUCAGCGACUUGUCCGCAUAAAAAACCACGGGAUUGGAUCUGACUGCGGAUUCUCUGUGCGUUUAAGUGAGCCGGCUACUGGCUCUGUGACUGUGAGCUGCUCCGCUUCACCAGGUCUGCUAGACAUCCGCACACUGACGAUUCCAGCUGGAAAUACGGAUGGCAGAAUGACCUGCCUAACUUUGAGUGGGGUAGCUGGCUCGCAAGCUAAUGUGACAUGUAGAGCACAGGGAGCGCAGUUUACCAGUGGCACAGUGGUGGAUGCAUCAACAGCACUGUUUAUUAUUGGAGACAACACCGUCAGCUUUCAGCCUGCCUGGUCCCAGAUAUAUAACACAACAUUUACUUCAUUCUUCUACCUGAAUGAACCUGUGGAUUCUGGCACUGUGAAGGUAUUGUGCCAGGCCAGUGUUGUCAGUUCCAUGGAUGAAGCUGCUCGACCACCUGACUGCUCAUUUACACAAGCUUCUACAGCAGCUCCUACUACAUCUACCACUACUACCACUACAACAACCACCACUGUGACAACAGCUGCGACAACUGUGGGGACAACUUCAAAUGACACUGAUAUGAAUGUUACUGAUGCCACAACUGCUGCGACUGUGACCGGACCACCCCCCACAACACUGCCGGAUCCUAGCUCUGACUGGAGGGUGGUCAACUCUCAGUUUGAGUUGUCACGCACGUCCACCUCAUCGCCUGCCCUGUUUCAGUCUGUGACGACUGAGCGCGUGAAAGACGUCAUUAGUGUCCGCACAGAGAUUGUUGUCACAACAUGUUGUGUCCUGCCUUCUGGGUCCCUCACAAACUAUCACAAUCGAAGUGCAGUCUCUGUUGCUGUUGCUCAUCUGGCCCCAUUUGUGUGUGCAGGCUGCAAGAAUAUCUCUCUCACUAAUCCCAAAGCUGAAAGAACUCUCCAGAACCCAGGUUUUGUCGAAGUAGCACCCUGUGCUUGUGAUCUGACACAGAAUGGUUGUGACAUCAACUGCUGCUGCGAUUCUGAGUGUUCCAAAAAUGAACGUGCCAGAUUUUCUGGUUGUGUCCCUGGACUGCCAGGUGGCCAAGAAACAGAACCAGAAGACUACAGAUGUUCGUCAGUGGCAUUUGACCAGCCAGACUGGCAGACACUGACCUGUGUUUACUGGGAGAACAACUGGUUCCUGGGACUGUUUUACAAGAAUGCCAGGAAACUGCAGACCUUGGAGGACAUCAAUGCUCAAGUGGCUCGCACCUUCCGGGGCAGGUUUUCUUUCAGUGAAACGGAGAGGCGUUUUUCAGAUCCUGCCCAACCCAGCUAUACAUAUGGGGCUGUUGUGAGGACCAUUCGAGAAGACAUUGUAACCAUUUUACCGACAGGCACUCUCACCUUGCCUCAGCCUGGCCCAGGAGCUUCCUGCAACCCGCUGACACCUGUUCGCUACCUGGUGGAUCAGGCUUCUUCAUGUACAACUGCACUCACCCAGCAGCUCUGCUCACCUCUGAGUAUCCUGAGUGCUGGAGUAUAUCUGGCCUCUUCGGCUGUUUCAGGCUGUUCUCAAUCGUAUAAGGUUGCCAGGAGUGCGACAGGAAAUCAGGUGGCACCCACAGAUGUAUACUACUACUGUGCAAGUGGACUCGAACUCUGUCCAUAUGUAAACAUGCAGGGCGGGUUAUAUCCAAACUGUGUAGAUUACAACAGAAAUCGCAGCAUGGAAGCUAGCCCAAGCCUUCCUGGUCCUUGUUCCUGGGAUGACUCAUUUACUACCCCUCCAGUUCUGGAUGGCAGCUGUGCAAAUGUUGUAGUGGAUGUCAGGUAUAACUUUGAGUGGAAGGGAAGUGAGAUCACUAAACUGUCAGCGGUGGUGAUCCUGGCAGACCUGACCACUGUGGUCAACAAGACUGGGCUAGAACUGGUGCAGCAGUUUUCUGUCAAGUGGCUCAACAAACCCAACACCACAGUACCGCUGUCUGACAACUUUGCUGGCACCUCUCAGGCUUACACUAGGUCAGGUUCUGCAGGCUACAUGAUGGGGAAGCCCUUGUUGUCUGGUCAGAUGCGGCGCAAUACAAGCACUGGGCAGUUUGAUCAGGUGGAUGUUGCCUUGGAGAAACAGAUGGCAGUCUGGAGACCAGGUCUCAGUGGCUUAUGUCGAGAUGCCACACGUCAGCCUGUCACAUUUGGUGAUGAUGUCUUGUCAGGCUGUGUGUUAAAUUUGUCAUUUAAUGACCUGAACAACAGUUGUGAUGAUCUGAGGCAACAGAUCCUCGACAGUUUGGAUGUUCUUAUGGCAGCAGAUGUUAUUGGUCGUUAUGGUUACAAUGAUAUCAGCAAUGAGAAUAUGUGGGUCCCCGUGUUGAGGCAAGCUCUGAACAUAUCAAGUUCAGAAGAAAACAGUACGAGUAUAUCUAACACAACGAGCCUGAAUGAAACAGUCGAGGAGCUGCAAUCGUGGGCUAAUUCAAUCACUGGUGUCUGCUUGCUUCCCUCUGCUGCAAGUCUUCACAUCUUGUAUGCCCAGACUGGAGCUGCCAAUGGCUACCCCAGAUAUGAAGUUUUAGGGGCCUAUAUCCAUUACACCAUCACAAACUUCACCAUGGACUGUAUGGGGGCCAACAGUGGACGCUGCCAGCCGACUUCCGGCAGCAGCCAGCAGUUUCUGCUGUCCAGUUCUGUCACAUUCACUCUAGUACCAGCCACACCAUUGGACUCUCGUAGAAGGUUUGACACGAGGUGUAACCCUGACAGCAUUCUCUCGGAUACCUGCUAUCGCUACUUUACUGACUUUGGCUCCGAAGAGUGUUACUAUGGCACUUGCUGGCAGGAACUAGCCUACCCACUGUUGUCAGUGUAUCAGGGUGAUCCACGGGUGUAUGCUCUUCCAUUUUUCCUUGUAUUGGUUCUUGGGGUAAUAGGGUAUGUUUCAGUAGCCAGACCAGGCUGGAGGUAA